GCACGCUUCCGAGUGGGUCCGGACUGGUCGCGAGCUGCGCCCUCCAACCACCGCCUCCGGCCGCCCCGCGCCGCCAGCACCGACGCGCUCGCUCUGGGGCCUCCGGCUCGCGCGCUCCCGACUCCCUCUCGGCCCUCACGCGUACCUUCCUUGGCGCGAGCCCGAGCCUCCUCCCUCCUCCUCCUCCUCCUCCUCCUUCUCCUCCUCGGCUCGCCUCCCUCUCUUCCCCGCCCCCACGGCUACCAACGGCAGCCACGGCUGCCGCCGCCUUCGCCCCCACCCCUCGAACGUGCGCCUCCCACAAUCCCCCCCGCGGGACGUUCCAUUGCGCGCCCCUGCUGGGGCCGGGGAGAAGCGGGCACGCCCGCGCAGACGAGGCUGGCCACGGUGACCGGAAUGUUUUGAAGAGCGAGCGAAGAGAGCAAAGACCAUGCUGACAGGAAUAACAAGGCUUUUCUCCAGGGUCCAGAAGUUGGACCCGAGGUGUUUUUUGCACAUGAGUGUUCAAGCGACUCAGAACAGUCAGGUUCCAGCUGAGCGUCCCAGAACUGUUUCCCGCACCAGUGACAGUGACCCGGCUAAGCAUGGGGAGCAGCAUGAGGGUCAGCACUACAGCAUCCCCCUCCAGGAUCUGAAGACAGUGUUUCCUCACGGCCUGCCUCCUCGGUACAUGAUGCAGGUGAAGACUUUUGGCGAAGCUUGUCUGAUGGUCAGGAAGCCAGCUCUCGAGCUUCUGGGCUACCUGAAAAAUACCAAUUUUGCUCAUCCAGCUGUGCGAUAUCUUCUUUAUGGGGAGAAGGGGACAGGAAAGACCCUCAGUCUCUGCCAUGCUGUUCAUUUUUGUGCAAGACAUGACUGGCUGAUUCUGCAUAUCCCAGAUGCUCAUCUUUGGGUAAAAAACUGCCGGGAGCUUCUACAGUCCACUCACAACAAACAGCGCUUUGAUCAACCCUUAGAGGCCUCUACCUGGCUGAAGAAUUUCAAAACUACCAAUGAGCGCUUCCUGAGUCAGAUAAAAGUUCAAGAGAAGUAUGUUUGGAAUAAGAGAGAAAGCACUGAGAAAGGCAGUCCUCUGGGAGAAGUUGUUGAACAGGGCCUAACCCGAGUGAGGAAUGCCACUGACGCUGUUGGGGUCGUGCUGAAGGAGCUGAAGGCUCAGAGCGCCCUAGGGCUCUUUCACCUCCUGGUGGCUGUGGAUGGAGUCAAUGCCCUCUGGGGAAGGACCACACUGAAAAAAGAAGAUAGAACCUUGAUUGCCCCAGAGGAACUCUCCCUUGUCCACAAUCUAAGGAAAAUGGUGAAAAAUGACUGGCAUGGAGGUGCAAUCGUGUUGAGCUUGAGCCAAACCGGGUCUCUCUUUAAGUCCAGAACAGCCUAUUUGCCGCAUGAGCUGCUGGGAAAGGAAGGAUUUAAUGCCCUGGAGCCUUUUCUUCCCAUCCUCAUUCCCAACUAUAAUCCAAAGGAGUUUGAAAGUUCCUUCCAGUACUACUUAGAGAACAACUGGCUUCAACAUGAGAAAGCUUCAACAGAAGAAGGGAGGAAGGAGCUGAGGUUCCUGAGUAACUGCAACCCUGAGCAGCUGGAGCGGCUCUGUGCCUCGCUGUAAGCACGGACAGCGGCGGUGGCAUGCUGGGAAGACAGGCUUCCUUCAGCUACCGUGCGCGCAUGAGGAAGUCCCAAGGUUCCAAGCUGAACACCCUGACCUGCACUGAUGGAUAUGAAAUGAUAGGAUGUUGUUGUCCUACAGCUAACACCAGUUUUCUGUUCGAGUUUUUACAUUAAAGUAGAUCUGCUCCUGAGUGCUGUAUUGGAUUUGCAACAAGGAAGGUUCUCACCCUGGCCAGACUCUGUCAGUUUCUCUGGUGUUCUGUUUGCUGGCAUCUGAAGAAACUCAGUUCUACAGAAAUUAGUAGUUCUGUCUCCUGGAUUUAAAUCUGUUCAGGAGACCAAGAUUUACAGCCGAAUUCCUAAUAAGACAGGUAACGCUUCUCAAUUCCUGUUUGUACUUUGAUUCCGUGGAACAUCGCUGAAGCUCCAGCUGAGUUCUGGCAGGAUGGUGUGGCCAGCCCCUUGCCACGUCGUCCAUGCCAUGAGAGCACCCAUGAUGUAUAGUGCAUUGACACUACUGCAGAGUUAACACUUUUUACUCUUGUAUCAUUGUUUGCACACAUCCAGAGGUCAGGACAACGGUGUAACUGAGCCCUCUCCUUCUGUGUUCAUUGUCAGGCUUGCAGAUGGCAAAUGCCACCACCAUCUCAUUGGCCCCAGGAAGCUACCACACCCAGGCUGCUGCCGUGGGUUUGCUUUCUUUUCUGAAACCAAACCUCAUGUAGCCCAGACUGACCAGAACUUAGUGUGCUGGCAGGAUCAUCUUAAACUCCCCCCAACUCCACCUAGGUGCUUAGGGUAGUUAGAGGUGCCAUGCCCAGUGAGAAUCCAGAUCCCAUUUCCACAUUUCUCAUGUACUAGCUCUUGGCUUCUCUUGUUUCACCUUGCCUGGUGGUACAAUGAUGCUAAACUGUUAGGGCAUUGUGAGCACCUCGUACUCCACCUCUUACUCGGCAGGCAACUGUUAACUGCUAGGUAGUUUCUUCCCUGUCUUUGAGGUUUGAUGCUUUAUUUGAAGAAUUUUCUGUGAAAACCUGAACACCCACCAUGAUGUUAUCCUGUCUCCGAGGACUCUGGGUUCAACAAGAGAUCACUCACAUCAGAUUCAGGACCAACUCCCACAACUGCAAAGGCUGUUAGUGAAACAGUAUCCCACAGUACUGGGAUGCAUCCUAGGGACCUGCCUCUGCUGGGCCAAUGUUGGCUCUCCACUGAGCUACAACCCCAUCCUACAAGUCAUUGUAUGUGUCUCCUGGGGCUUCUGCUUCCAUAUUGAGCACUGAUUGACAGGCCCUGGUGUGGGUCAGUAAGCCUUCUGCUGUACUGUCAGUAGGAGCUCAGGUACUUCUGAGGUGGGCCAGGCUGCACUGACUUCCCAGUCCUGCCUCAGCCUCCUGAGUGUUGGCAUUAUCAUGUACCACUACACCCAGCCGUGCUUCUGUCGGCUCUUUUAUUUUUCACUAAUUGCCCACUCAUAAUUCAUAAUUUGAAACAAAGCCAGUAGCACAGCAUGGCCAUGAAGGCAUUGCCUCAGGCUCUGUACCUCUGUACACUAGAGAGUGCUGUGCUGAGCUAUCACACCUGUGGGCAUCCGCUGAACUUGGGAAAUUAUACCUUGUGCCUUUGGGAAGCUCAUCACAUUGUAAGGCUCUCACUGGUACCACCCAGUCCUAAUCAAGAAUGGCAUUUCUGGGUGUUUCAAAGGUAAAGUUCAAGGCUAGCCUGGUCUACAUAGUUCCUGAAGAACUGAAGAAAACGGUCUCAAAGCAAAAAGUAGCCUCAUUAUUCCCUAAGUAACUAAACACAGACCUUUUACUUUGCUUAGUUUGGGGAGGUUUACUACAGCAGUAGGAUGCCUUGUGUGUGAAGCCAAAGACUGACGUCCAUGGUCUUCCUCAGUCACUCUCUGCUGGAACUUUAAGUUUUUUCAAACACCUAUUUUUAAUGAUGGUAGCUUGCUCCACUCCCAAACACUUCACAGGUACACCAGCAGUUCAAAUCAGCAGUGGUGGCACUACCUACAGAGACAGCCAGGCCUCAACCUUGGCAUGAGUCAGCAGGAGGGACAAGGAGGAAUGCCAGAAGCUCACAGCACACCUCUCUUAGGGCACAAAGAUUCAAGACACAGAAGUGUUGAACUGCUAGCUCUAUAAGCGAGCCUGGCUCAGCCUCCGUCAUUGUCAAGUCCUAUUUAUACCCUCCAAACAUCGUGCGUCCUUCAUGAGUAUUGCUUCAGCACGUGCAGCUGUCAUCACUCUGCCAGUCAGCCCGAGUCCACGGUAGCGGCAAGAAACCGCAGCACACCACCAGAAGUUUUGAUUCAUUUCUCUCUGGAGUCCUGACAAAUGCAGCUCAGCUACACAGUGUAAGGCAGACCAAUACAUGGGCAUUAUUAGCAACAAAUCCUUCAUCACAUGUCCUUUCAGGUGCUUGCUUUAGCAGAACAUCCUCUCUCCUGGGUCUGCUUCAGUGAAGCGUUCCUUCACGAGUCUGCCUUAGUCUUUCACCUAUGUCCACUUCAGCAAAAUGUUCCUUCACUUGUUUGCCACAACGAAACACCAUCCAACCAGCUUUCCAGAGAAUCCUUAAAUUUCCACUUUACCGUGGCCGUGGUUUUUUUUUGUUUGUUUGUUUUUUGUUUUUGUUUUUUUUUUUUUUGAGGCAGAUUUUGUUGACUGCAGCCUGGCUAGCUGGCCAGUGAGUUCGCAAGCUCUUCCACCUACUUUCGUAGCACUAACACUUGACAGACCGUGGUGCCUGGCGUUUACCUGACUGCAAGGGAUCUGAGUCCACAGGGCUUCACUAUCAGUUGUAUUAAUCAGGUAUCUGGAGAAACCAUAUGGUGGGCUUAUUUAAUAUAGUAUACAUGUAUUUAUUUAUAAAGGCAGGAGUGCUGUUAACACUUGGUAGGCAGAGGCCACUCAAUCUCUAAUUUCAGGCUAGCUUGCUCUACAGCACUUGUUCCAGGGCAGCCAGGGCCACACAGAAAAACCCUGUUUCAAAAAUAAAAUUAUAUGUGUGUG